CCUUUUUGACUGUUUUUGACCAGUAGGACAUCUGUCAUUGCCAUUUUUGGCAAUUUUUACAUUUUUCUUAUAUAAACGGUUUUAUCGAAAAAUCCUCAAAAAUGAUGGAAGGGAUGAAUCAGGUGGGGCAGGAGGAGUACAUCUGGGCCAUGAGAACAAGUGCAUACAGAGAAUCGGACUCAGAAUUGUGGAAGGAGCGGCGAUCUCACAGCCAAAUGAUGAGCAAAAAGUCCAAGAGUGUAAUGGAUCUUUCAAUCGAUGAUCGACAGACCAAAGUCAUGGCGUCUUUGGUCCCCGAUGAGGUCAUCUAUAACGUGGACGACUACAGCCAUCGGCAAUACGACGCCUGUUUCCUCUUCGGGGACGUUUCGGGUUUCACCGAACUGUGCGAAAAAUACACAAAAACUGGCGUUUCUGGCCCUUCUCGAAUGACCCAAGUCCUCAAUAAAUAUCUGGGCUCAAUGGUCCAAGAAGUGUUGUCCCACAACGGCGACGUUUUGAAAUUCUCUGGUGACGCUUUCCUUGCAAUGUUCAAAUCGAGCGAAAGCGACACCAUGCGGGACGCCGUCCACGAAGCUCUAGACAGUGCUCUAGUCAUUCAGAAAAAUUACGGUUCGUAUUUAACGGACGUCGGUGUCGUGAUUCGAGUGAAAUUGGCAAUUUCGACCGGUCUUGUGACCUUUGCCCUAAUUGGAGACUCCACCAAUUCUCACUACGUGGUGGUGGGAAAACCGAUUUGGGACGUUAAAGCUGCCGAAAGCAUUAGCUCGGCUGGGGACAUUGUCGUGGCUCCGGCGGCGUGGUACUACGUCAAUACCAACGAAUACGUCUUCAAGGAAAUGCCAGAUAAUGUCCACAUCCGCUUGCUGGGUGUUGGUCCAAACUGGAGGAGUGUGCAAAGAAAUGUGCGCCAACAGAAGCCACAAGAUGCCAGAGAUGAUUUGAGUACGCGGUCGGAAAUCUCCAUCUCCAGCGAUAUCAUAAACGAUGUCACCCAGGAAGGGAUAGCAGAUGAGUUUUCACUGAGACCAGCGGUGAAUUUGGCCGUCAGACUCAAGAUAAAAGAAAACCUUCGACGGUUCAUCAUUGCGCCAGUAAUGAAGAGCAUCGACAUGGACGAACCUUUUGAAUAUCUCACAGAAAUGCGUCAGGCCGUUAUAGUAUUCAUCAACGUUAUUUCUUACAAGCUCCAAACCGAAGAAACGGUCGUUUUGGCCGACCAAACUUUUAAAAUUGUUUGCAGGGUGGUAGACAAGAUGAAAGGUUGCGUAAACAAGGUUUCUCUCUUCGAUAAAGACUUGAUGUUUGUUGUUAUUUUCGGCUUGCGUGGUCUUAAACAUGAAAUGGAGUGUCAGGUCGCGCUAAGAUGUGCGAGAGAGUGUUUCGAAGAAAUCAACAAGCUUCAAGGAGUUUUAUCCACGUCUAUUGGCGUUACCACAGGAAAAACAUACUGUGGAGUCUUCGGACACACACUUCGCCGCGAAUACACAGUUAUCAGUCUUAUUGUGAACAAAGCAGCUCGAUUGAUGGUGGCCUACAAAAAUAAAGUAACGUGUGAUAGGGAGACGUUUCUGCACAGUAAACUGGAGGCUAGGCAUUUUAUUUUGCAAGAACACAAGCAGCUGAAAGGGAUUUCCCAUGCUGGGCCGGUUUAUGAAUUUCGGGAGACUGAGCUGGCCCACGACCAAAUUCAACGCAUAAACGCUUGUCCGCUUUUGGGCAGAGUUUCCAAGUUGAAAUUAUACCAACAUCUCCUGGAGCAAUGCACCCACUCUUCAACUGGACACGAGCAGUACAAAAUGUAUGUGGUACGCGGGGAUCCCCGUCAGGGCAAAACCCGACUUUUGGACGAGUUUGUGUAUAUAACCCCCUCGCAUAUCCCCGUUCAUAAACUAACAAUGGCGAUGAAGGACCAGAAAAUUCCUUAUCAAGCCAUACGACUUAUCUUUAAUGCCCCCUUGCAACUAACCCCCUGGGCACCGAUCAAAGAAAAAGAACAGAAACUUUUGGAAGCACUGAGACAAAUCCAAGUCCCCGACCUUAUGUGUACUUUGAACAACGUGUUCGGGGUCAAAUUCAAAAACUCUGAACUGUAUUUGUCACUAACAGAAACCGCAAAAUUGGUAGCUUUGAAAAAAAUGAUCAAACAGCUGUGUUAUGCUUGUUUUACAACACUUUGGGUGAUUGCGAUCGACGAUUGUGAAUUUAUAGAUGAUGAUUCGUGGGAGCUUAUGGCCACGUUUUUGGAUGUUAAAACCGUUUUCAUAGUUGGUACAAUGGGUUUGUAUCGACAUGGACACUUGUCAUAUCUUGACGAUCCUCGAAUCAAGGUCGUACAUCUUGCUCCGAUUGAAAGAUGGUGUUUGGGGGCUCUGGCCUGUCAAAUCUUGGACGUUUAUGCCAUUUCUCCCGAGUUGGAGAAUGUUAUUCAAACGAAAAGUAACGGCAAUCCUGGCUGGGUUGAAAGCUUUUUGACUACUUUAAUACAAGAUAAUGCCCUGUACAUACUUAAAGCUUCUUUGAAAGAUAUAAACGAGCUUGGUUUAGUGUGUCCCCCUCUCUACAUGAUGACAAGAUUGUCGAAAGACGAAACAAUUAAAUGGCAACACAUAAUGGAAGAACGGAGACGUUCAAUGGAUUCGCUCACAGAACGAGACGACUGGAAGCGAUUUAUUGACAGUUGCCGAGAUAGUUACCUAAACGUCACGAUAAGAGAGCGAAUGGAGGAUUUAUCUCGAGGCGGCAAAGUUCCGAUUUGUGUGAUCACACCCAACUUUCGUGUGGGUGAAGAAGAAGGUGAGCUAUCAAUGGAUGCAAUGAUUUUAAAAACCUUCGAUUCGCUCAACUUUUUCGAACAACUCUUGGUCAAAUGUAGCGCUAUUUUGGGCAACCAGUUUCUCCGCAGCAUGCUUUUGUACGUCAUGUCGGCGCAGGAUAAAAGAAAAGCGGCGCAAGCAAUCCAGCGCUUAUUUGAGAUAAAAGUCCUAACGUGUGCUAAGGGCGACUUCCUUGAGGACACUGGCGUUUUCAAAGAGCGAUUAGUUGAUCCAAGCGAUGAAACGACCCUGAAUUGUAAAUGCAGAGGGAUCAAAAUCGAGGAAAAUUGUUCCGACCUUCCGAGAUACGCUUCGUGUGGUUACUUGCAAUUUCGCUCCUCUUUGUUCCGCGAAAUCACCUAUAACCUACUAACGGAUAACCAAAAGAAGGAGUUUCAUUCACGAGCUAUCCGAUUUCUGGAACGCGAAACGCGAAAAUGUAAAUCUUGUGGUAACGGUUUUUUUGACCGAAUCCUCGGUGCCAGACAAGAUAAGGAGUUUUUAACCGCUCGGGAUAGGCAAAAAAGGACCUCUGUUUCGGGUUCUUGGGAUACUUUGAGUACAAGUCGGCGCAAUUCGUUACGAAGUGUAUCCACUUUUUCGGCCGGAAGCCAGAAAAGCCAGAAAAAAAUCAGAUAUGAUGAGAAAUCAAUAGCUUCGCAUAGCACUAUUUUCGGGGAGGGUAAACCUGGCCGUGACAAAAUCUACACCGAAACUUUUGGAUUAACGGUUAUUAAUAAGCUGAAACAUAGCUAUUCCUUGACGAGGGCGUUUUCGGCUGAGGACUUUACCGAUUGCCAGUGCCAGUUGAUUUUGAGUACGACUUAUGGCCAGUUGAUUGAGCACUGUAUGGGGGCGAAUGAUUUUAAUAAAGUCCUGGAUGCGAUGUUGGAAUACGCUUACAUUAGCAUAACCACUUGCAACAUUCCUCUUGCCAUGAAAAUUCUAAUCGAGGCGUUAGACGUUCUAAGACAGAAGGAGAAAAUGAGAACUGAAAACAAAUGGAAACUGUCGCUAAUUCGUGGCCAAGUUUAUACUCUAAUUGGUUACUCUCGCCUAGAACUUGGCAGCUUCAACGAGGCCUUUAAUAUGCUUCACAGGGCCUUGGCCGAAUAUGGAAUUACGUUUCCAAAAGGUGUUAGUAAGCAACUGAGAACUUGCAUAAACGAAUUUCGCCAAAUUUUCGGCUUCUAUUUGUUUCCACGCACUUUGAUGAAACAUUUGGACCAUUGGGAAACAGUUUUUGCCAAUAAUCUUUCAGAGUGUUUGUCGCAUCUUUGCACUUUGUACAGGAUAAAGGGUGAAUGGAAGAACGCAGAGUUGGCCGCAAGUUGGAGCUUGGUUAAGUCGUUUGAGUCCUUCAGUGACUUUCAAGUUAUUUGCACGGCUUGUGCUAAUAUGUUGUACGUGGCUCAGCAUUUCCAAAAAUGGAAUUUAUGCAUUGCAUUGGAAGUUCACUCGUUACGUCUGUGCCACUUGAAAAGGACUUCAGUGGAGGCUGAGGAUCUCAAGUGUGUUGCUAAACUCUAUGGAGUCAUUUUUUGUGCAAGAAUGCUCCGAUCUGACUUGGACAAAGCAAUACAUAUUGGUUACAUAGUCUUGAGAAUGUGUUCUUCCAUUCGUGCUGUUAAAAUCGUCCUGCCCUUGCUUCCCCUCUUGCUUCAUGCUCUUUUGAUUGGGAAACACUUCAGCAAUGCGUAUUCCAUUCUUCAAGAACUGGAAUACUUUGCUUCAGAAGAUUCGGACCAUUCUGGCAAAGUGUGGUACUUGUCUUUGUGUAUCUGUCUGCAACUUGAGACUGGAUACACUGUCCUCCCUUACCAGGCUUGCGAACGCUUUUACCAGAUUGAAGGUGAGAAAUGGAUAACUAUCCGAGAUCCUGAUGCCAGGAAAAGGUUUUUCACUGUAAUGUGGCUUUGGUGUGUGCGACACGAGAAGUGGGAAGCAGCAUCCAUCUGGUGUAUCAAGUCCAAUGACUUUUCUGUUACCUUCGAAGGUGACACUUUGGCCAACAAAGUUACAGCGCUUUACUUGCUGGAAGGUUUAAUUUUGUUCCUGGUAACGAAAUUAGAUAAAAGGAAUAUAAAAGCUGUUACAAGAGCCGAACACGAGAUUGAGGAAUUAAUUAGACUGCUUAGCAAAGCAGCGGAAAGAAAUAAAAUUAUUUUAGCCAGACUCUACCACCUGAAAGCGUACUACAAAUAUGUGAAGAGUAACGACGCAAAAGUGACCAAGUUGUUGCUCAGGGCGAAUAAAUUCGCUGAGAAGUAUGGAAAUAAAUUGGAAGCUUCUUGGAUUGAUCACAGUAAUAGAGCGUGGAAUAAAUCUUUGGCUCCUAUAGCCAUCGACUUCUGGAAGGAACAUUGCGAAUCAGAGAACUUUCUGGAUUUUCAAGAUAUUGAGAUCAGUGAGGGAAAAUUGGGAUAUUUUACUCUGCCUACACCUGUGUACAUUUAGCUACAAAUAAAAACCUUUGAAUUGAA